CUUGGGUUUGAUGGCUAUGUUAUGGUUGAGCGCAUUCAUGUGUAAUACUCAAUCAUCAUUUCGAUUUACUCAUUGUUUGAGUUUAUCCGAUUUCUUGCGUCUUGUCGCGAGUUAUCUGUUCUGCAUAAUUCCUAUGAACGUGCGUGUGAACCUACAUGGGAUCUUGACUAGGAGUGAGUGAGCAUGUUGAACCGUUAAUGUUCUUGUUACUUACCUACGUUAUGCACGCGAUGAUCAAGUUGUUUGGAGGAUCAAUGAUUGCCGACGUCGAAGUGUGUUGGCACUGAGGUGGUAGCGUGAAGACAUGGGCGGAGGUGAAUGCUCAUACGACUGGGGCAAUCGACGGGAGCGGUCGUACGAUGGCCGAAGUAGGAGCCAAGAUGAACCCGAUCGAGGACGCUCCUCCGACACGGAUCGACGGGAGCAAAGGACUGGUGGAGGUGGUAACGAUGGCGGGCGUAGACCCGGGCCACCCCCGAUAUGCUUCGGGUGUAAGGUGCUCGGGCAUUAUCGGAGUGACUGUUGGGCCGAUCCAUUGUCCCGACGGCAAGCGAAGCGAGAUGGGUACACGUGUCCCCCGGAGCACGAACGGCGCGGAAUAUCAGUCUCCCCAAGGAGGAGCCACGACGCAUCACUGGAGAGGUCGCCAUCGGUGGACUUGAAGACUACCUCCAAGUUGGAGGAAUUGGGGGAAAGCGUCCAGCAGCUCCGGGAGUUUGUUGACCUUGUGAAAACAAGGCAGACCGAGAAAGAGAGACGGCGACAGGAGAGGGAGGAGGCAAAACAACGUGAAGAAGAAGAAAGGAGAGCCGAAGAAGCAAGGGCCGCGAAGAAACGAGAGAAGCAAAGGCGUUGUGAGGAGGAGCAAUUGGCUAUGACAAAGGCGGUCGAAUUGCAGUUAGCCAUGCGCUUGAGUUUGAUCCAUGAAGAUAUUAAGAGCGGAGUCAGGAAGUGCGUUGCUAAGGGUAAAGAGGCCGUAGUCGAAGAUCUACCAUCAACCUCCGGGAACAGCAGCGAAGCCGUGGAGAUCGUAACGAAUAGCGAUGAUACGAACAAGUUGGUCGCUGCGGAGAAACGCAAACGUGGAGAAGAUAUCCUGGUGGGUGACAGCCCACCCGUGAUUACACCAACCAAGUGAUUGAGCAAGCGUACCGGGAUUCGAUCGAUCCGCUUUUCAGAGCGCUUGCGGCGUAUA